CCUCGAAGAGAAGGGGGAAGAGAGAGAGAGAGAGAGAGAGAGCGAGCGAGCGAGCGAGCGAGGGGAAUGGAGAUCGUCUGGCAAACUCCGGCGAACCCGCCGGAGGCCCGUGACUACAUUAUUCGCGACGGGAAGCGCUUCGUGAGGCCCUACUACUUCGAGUUCGUCUCUUACGUGAAGAAUCGGUGGGUUGGGAAAACGGUUGUCGACCUCUUCGCCGAGGAGUUCACUGGCCGGCCUCGCGAGUACUAUGUGGGUGCUGUUAAAUCUGGGAGGAUUCAGGUCGAUGGGCAGGUUGUUUCAUUGUCAUAUAGAGUACGAUCUUCGCAGAAGAUCAGCCACUUCCUGCACAGGCAUGAACCUCCUGUUUUAGCUGGGAGUAUAUCGAUUUUGCAAAAGGAGCCAGAGGUUGUAACAAUUUGCAAGCCAGCAUCUAUGCCGGUACAUUCUUGUGGUCAAUAUAGAAAGAAUACUGUUGUUGGCAUCCUACAGGCAGAGCACGGCUUGACACCCUUAUUUCCUGUGCAUCGGUUGGAUCGCCUUGUUUCUGGUCUUCUUAUCUUUGCAAGAAAUCCUAGUAAGGCAGAUCAACUUAGACAACAGAUUGAGGCUGGUUUGUUGCAUAAAGAAUACAUUGCCAAGGUUUUGGGGGUAUUUCCUGAAGGAGAGCAAGUUGUCAAUGCAAAUAUAGACUAUAAUGCACGAGAGGGAAGGAGCUCAGUAGAGACUGCUGACAAGUGCAAUGGUAAACACUUGAAAGGCAAGACCGCAUGCACUAAAUUUACAAGGAUAAGCACUAAUGGAAUCCAUAGCAUUGUUCUAUGUGAGCCUGUCACUGGACGUACUCAUCAGAUACGUGUACAUUUACAACACAUAGGCCAUCCAAUAGCCAAUGAUGAGUUGUAUUUGCACCAUUCUGAGGUGAUUGCUCCUCGUUCAACUAAAAGAAUGCAUCCUGAGAGUGCUGCCAUGGACACAUAUCAGCCAUCCCCUGUACUGGAAUCUUCAUAUGAUGUAAAUUCCAAUGAAGAAUUCAGCAUUGAUCCAAUGUGCACAAAUUGUCCUAAUUUAGGCCCCAAAGGAUAUGAUGGAGAUGAGGAGGGCUUAUGGUUGCAUUGCUUACGAUACUCAGGACCGGAUUGGACAUAUGAAUGCCCAUUCCCUGAUUGGGCAUUCCUUUUGUAAUUAAUUCUGUAGGAGAGCAGGACAUGAAUGGAGCCAAAACAAUUGGUCCUCCUGGAACUGCAUUCUGCAAAAUUCUAAUCUUAUUUUUUUGAGCAUUUGUUGUGCCAAAGCCACGGAGCAACCUCAAAUCUGUACUCAUUCGGCAUAUUUCUUGCAAAUUCUAUAAUAUAUUGUGGCCAUGAUAUUUGAUCAAA